AUGCCUGCCGACGAGCCCAGCGUCGAGCAGCAGCCCCCGCACCGCGCACAGGACGACGAAGAGCAGUCAGGCACCAAGGAGGGGCCAGCUAGCGACGAGCAGCCCGAGGCGGCCGAGGCUGCCGAUGACGAGGGGGAGGGGGGUCUCGAAGUCUGCGAGCUCUGCGGCGUGAAGGUCUACGAGCACGAAGACACUACUGCGCUCCACGGUCACCCCGUUCACUGCCGCUGCGUGAACCUCAAGAAGCGCAUGCAGAAGAUCAGGACGGGCUCCGAUGGUUUCGACGAUUGGGGGCCCCAGGCGGUCGAGGACCGCAAGGCGUUCAUGGCCCAGAACGCCCACCUUUACGGAGACGAGCUCCAGAAGACCAUGGAGGAGACGAUGGAGCAGUCGCGCACCCAGUGCCACACUGCCACGUUCGAAGAGAAAGGAAAAUACCACCUCGUGAAGGGGGCGGAGAAGCUCCCCCGUUUCAAGGGCGACCCUGUGGCAUUCUCCAAGUUGAUGGAGAACAGUUCGAAGCUGACUUGCAGGGCGACGGGUCAGGAAUUCGUGUUUGUCCCCGAGUGCGAGUUCAGCCAGAAGAAGGAGGAAGUGAACGAGCGCGCGGCCAAGCGUACCAUCACUCAGGGCGCGACGGUGCGGAGGAGGCCUGCGGCACGGUCAGGACACGACGGUGCUGGAGGCGCGAAGGGCAAGGCGCCCCCCGCGGGCCUGGUGAAGAAGAUCGACUGGGCCCUGGCCAAGCACAACCAGUCCGCGUACCACCUCGAGCAGGCCAUCGCGUGGGGCAGUGACGAGCGCUGCAAGGAGCACGUGCCCCCUGGCAUCAUCGCCAAGGCGAAGGAUCUCCGCAAGCGCCAGGACGAGGCGCUCGCGGCGCUCGAGCAGGAGAAGGAGAAGGAUGUCGGGGAGAUCGACAAGACCAAUGCCGAGAACAGCAAGGACAUCAUGAAGAAGCUCAUGGCCGAGGAGAGCGAGAUCACGUACAGCGCCUUCGUCGUGGCCAGGGGCGGCCCCCGCCCGGAGGAUGCCGCGGCGGCCGCGGCCGAGCCCGCGGGCGAGCCCGCCGAGAGCGGCACGGGCGCCCUCGCGGCGACGAGCAUGCAGAGGGCGCGCGGCAGGGGCGCGAGCGGCAAGGGCAAGGCUGACAAGGGCACCGCUCGCGGCGCGUAG